GCAUGCGCAGACUGAUAACAGCACUACAUUCCAGCCACUUCAAAAUAAAAGUCAUGAAAGGUCAAAAGGAGAUUUGUAUUUCUUCAUUGAAUGUGCUUCUAAAGAUAUGAUAUGAUAUGAUAUGAUAUGAUAUGAUAUGAUAUGAUAUGAUAAUUGAAAAUAAUUUACAAAUUUAUACGGACAUUUAUAUAAUGUAAAAAAAAGUAUUAAAAAUAAAGCAUAAACAAUAAUAUAGAUAGAUAGAUAGAUAGAUAGAUAGAUAGAUAGAUAGAUAGAUAGAUAGUGUCACUUUAUUUAAACAUAAUGCUAACUUAUUUCAGACAUAUUAAGCUUAAGAUGAGACAGGCCUCAUUUAUAUGCCCAGCAUGUUACUCGUAGCCCUGACAUGCCCACCUCUCUUUUGUAAAUGUUAAUGGCCUCCCAUUGAGAUGGCCAAGUCUGAGUAAUUGCCUUCUGAGAUCUCAAAGUUGUAGUUCAAUGUGGGUUCGAUAAGGGGUGUGAUUUAGAUUAUAAUGUCACCCACCUGCAAACAUGUCCCACACACACGCACACACGAGUGUCAACUUUGAUCAGCUUGACAGGAUCACUCUAUAUAUGCAAUGCAUCAAGCAACUCCCCAGGGAUGGAGGAUGGUGUGAAAAAAGGGCUAAGCAGACCAAUUAACAUUUGAGUCACUUCGCAUCAUUAAUACCACAGUCUAACGAGGACCUCAUAGUGAGAACAAGACACAGAAAUGCACAGCUCUCCAAAUCACAAGUGACACCCCACGCCUUACCAGAGCAUAAUAGCAUCAUCACCCUGUAAUAAUUAACACCCUAGCAGUUCAUUAGUUCCUCGCCACUGAAGUUAAUAUGAUUCCACCUGUCAAACAGGAGUAUAUAGGAGUAGGAGUUUCAAAUAAUUCAUUUUCCCAUGAUAUAUUAUUGCAAAUGAAAGAAUUGAUAAGACUUCUGAUGCAGAAGUAACACCUUGGUGUGACCUUAUCAAACAUCUUUCCUACUGGGUCUGGGAGUCCCUUCUCAUGCACAAAUGUCUCUUCACCCUUUACCCCUUCUCCUCUACACCCACACACCAACACCACUACCUCCACUGUGCUUCGUGGUUAUCUUUUGACCAAUUGUGCUCUCUAAUCAACCGCAGGAUCCCACCUUUGAUGCCUAUAAAAGCCUAUCAUCCUCAAACCCCUCUAAAAGGCAGUGUUUUACAGUGUUGAAAGAAUGUUCUCUCUGUUACGGGUGUUUGUGGUGACUCUGUCCAUGUCUCUGCUGCUUUGCAGCGUCAGUUCGGCACCAAGAGGAGACCUGCUGCUCCAGCUGCUCCAAUCAGAAGUGGAUCCCAAGGAGAAUGAGCUCCAGGAUCUCUCUCGCUUGCUGCUUCUGAAGCAGCUUUCUGAGUCGGUGGCACCUGAGGAGAAAGAAGCUCUUGAAAGCAUCGAUGAUCUUGAGGUUCGUAAUGAAGUGGUUCGCCAGAUUCCCCUCUCCCAACGAGAACGCAAAGCAGGCUGCAGGAAUUUCUACUGGAAGACCUUCACCUCUUGUUAGUCAACCUGCAAGACCCUUACAAACAUUGUUGUACUUGUGUAGCCAUCAAAAUAACAAUGAGACCAGAAAUUUUAUCCCAGUAUAGAGAGAGAUUAACUCUGACGUUUAUGCAGUGUAUGCUAUAAAAUGUUUGUAUUAUGGGUACUAUUAGAAUUGAUGGUCAGAGAUCAUACGAUUAAUGUUUAAAACCUUGAUAUAGAGGUUUUUGUGUUGAGCUGGCAACAGUGUCAUUGGAUUGAUCGCUAUUCCUCUGUAAUAAAGUGUGAUCAGGGAAAG